AUGUCGAAGAGAAUAAUGUGUGAAGUAUUCUGUACUGCAGAAGAUAUGGGACUUCAAAUAUUUUACCAGGACUGUGAUAGCAUGCAUAUUUUCAAUGAAGACAUACCACUGUUAGCUCAGGAAUUUCAGAAGAGAUACGGUAGAGAACUUAUUGGUAAAACAUUAGGUCAGUUCCAUUCUGACUUCGCAGAAAUAACACCUGGAAAACAAAGUUUAGCAUACAAGUCAAUAUUUUGUGGAAAGAAGACUUACAUAGACUUACUCACGAAUGAUUUAAAUGAAGUUGCAUUCCAUGCACGUUGUAAAGGUGUAAAACAAGACGUUCUUGCUUUAACAGCUAAUGAAAUGUUUCCUGACUCUGUUCAGUGUUUCUAUGAUGAAGAUAAAGGUUUAAUGGUUCCGCAAGGAAAAUUUGACAAAGACUCUGAGUUCAGUGUUAUGAAGUUAUAUAAAGCACUUUAUGACGGUCAAGAGAUUGCAUUCGACUUAUGUAAGUCGUGUCAACCUUGCUUUGCUGAAAAGUUUAACUUUUCUAUUCAGACUAAGACUUCAUUCAUAAGAAAGCUUAAGUUCUGA